AUGAUGCAUAUACAACGGCUUGUAAACUCUGUGCAACGAUCCUUUCCUGGUCGUUGUUUCUAUGCCUCACCACUGCUUCCCCAGCAACAGGUAAAAUGCUUUGCAGCGAUAGACUCGUCCUGGGAGUGGCUUAAGGACCCAAAGAGUCCUCAACUGCAACGUUUCCUUGAGUUAGAACGCAAUUAUCUAGCAAAUCAAGUGUCCAAACCAAAAUUCCGCAAAGUGGAGCGUACAUUGAACAUGGAGCUGCGAAACCGUCUAUUGCGUGAAGACUUUAGCGUGCCCGAGUGCAUUGGCAAGUUUGAAUAUUAUAUGAAACAAGCGUCGGGUGAGAAUUUUCCCGUGUAUUACCGAAGAGCGUACGAUGCAACGGCAAUUUCAACAAUGAAAGAGCAAGUGGUACUAAACCCAAACACGGAACCGUUACUAAAUCAUGGCUUCCAGUUUAUCUCAAGCAUGAAAAUCUCUUACGAUGCGUCAAAGUUGUUGCUAAUAGUAGAAAAUAACAACGAACAAUGUCAAGUCGUACUAAAAGACUUAACGACUGGAAAAAUGCAGGUACUGGAGGAUAUUAUUGGGAUUAGAAAUGUGGAGUGGAGUUCCACACCGGAACGAAUCUUCUAUUAUACAAAAGUGGACAAGCACGGACGACCAUUUGCGGUGUAUCGAUACAAUUUGAUGACUCAGACACAGAAACUAAUCUAUGAAGAACAGGACAAAGCUUUCUAUGUGGAUGUAUCGCAAACGAAAGACGAAUGUUUUGUGCUGAUUAAUUGCAACUCGAAAAACACGUCAGAAAUUUACGCACUGGACGGCCACAGCAUUGAUGCACAGCCUCAAGUGUUGCGUCUGCGCGAAACUGGCACGUUGUACUUUGCAGACCAUGCCGCUGGACAGUUUUACAUUGUCACAAAUGCUGAUGGUGCGGUCAAUUACAAGAUUGCUACGUUUACACUCGACGCAGCGGAUGCACACUUGAAAACGUUUAUUCCUGAGCACAAAGACGUAAAGAUUGAAGAUGUGGAUCUGUUUGAGAAAUAUCUUGUGCUUUACGAACGUGUUAACAGUGUACCACGCAUUCGAGUGUGCACACUGGAAAAGCAGAGCAAAGAAGGCGCAAGUACUCCUUAUGAUUACAUCCCGUUGCCCAAAGAGCACGAAAUAUGUCGGGUUUCACCUGGAGUCAAUCGCGAUUAUGCGUCACAUCAUGUACGAUUUCAAGUGUCUACACCCCUUGUACCAGAAAUUGUUUUCGACUACGAUAUGAAGAGCAGAAAGUUGCAAGUGGUUAAGGAGACAGAAAUGACGGAUAGCUCGGUCAAACAGCAACGCGACAGCACGACGACGGUGGCAAAGUCGUCGUUUGAACCGAAAUGUUUCACAUGCCAACGGUGCUACGUGCCUAGUAUGAGCAGCCUAGGAGUGAAAAUUCCAAUGACCCUUAUUCACCGGCGCGACAUCACGCUAAAUGGGAAAAACCCGACACUACUUAUUGGCUAUGGUGCAUACGGCACCAAUCUUGAAGCUGACUUUGAGCUUGAGCAUUUGAGUUUACUGGAGCGUGGGUGGGUGAUUGCACUUGCUCAUGUGCGUGGUGGCGGUGAACUGGGCUUACCAUGGUACCAGGCAGGCAAAGGCAUGCAGAAACGUCACACGUUCGAUGACUACGUAUCGUGCACUCAUUACCUGCUCGAUGCAGGAUUUACGAAUCCCAAACGACUCGCUGGAAAGGGAGUGAGUGCUGGCGGACUAAUCAUGGGGUACGUGGCCAACGAGUAUCCACAGCUCUACCAAGCUCUGAUUAUGAAGGUGCCUUUCGUAGACAUCCUGGCUACUAUGCAAGACCCGACAUUACCACUAACCGUUCACGAAUAUGAUGAAUGGGGUGAUCCCAAUGGGCCGAAGGCUCAUGAGUAUAUUCGAUCCUAUGCACCAUGCGAAAACGUGCGCGAGAAUCAGGUGUACCCUGCAAUGUUCGUGACUGGCAGCCUGAACGACCAGAGAGUGCAGUUUUGGGAGCCUGCCAAGUGGAUGUACAGAAUGCGUAAAGUGCAGGCUUCGCUGUUAAAGCGUGACAAGCGCCUCAUGAUGCUAAAAAUGGGUGAAACUGAUGGUCAUUUCGGCGGUGGUGGUCGUCUAGAACAACUGGAAGAGAGUGCUAUGGAAAUUGCAUUCCUCUAUCAAGCACUACGCCUUCCGUUUCCGCCAGAAUAG